GUCUCGCUCCGCAGCCCGAGUGAGCGCCGCCGCUCCUGCGCCUCGGAAGGGCAGCGGGCCCCGCCGCCGGCCCCACCCGAUGGCGAGGCUGCGGGACUGCCUGCUCCGCCUGACGGUCACGAUCCGGUCCCUGCUCUUCUGGUCCCUGGUCUACUGCUACUGCGGGCUGUGCGCCUCCAUCUACCUGCUCAAACUUUUGUGGAGCAUCGGCAAGGGACCCGCUCAGACCUUCCGGAGGGUCGCCCGGGAACACCCUCCCGCGUGUUUGAACGACCCCUCUUUGGGUACCCACUGCUACGUGCGGAUCAAGGAUUCGGGGUUAAGAUUUCAUUAUGUUGCUACUGGUGAAAGAGGCAAACCACUUAUGCUGCUGCUUCAUGGAUUUCCAGAAUUCUGGUAUUCUUGGCGUCACCAACUAAGGGAAUUUAAAAGUGAAUAUCGAGUUGUAGCACUUGAUCUGAGAGGCUAUGGAGAAACAGAUGCUCCCGUUCAUCGAGAGAAUUAUAAAUUGGACUGUCUAAUUACAGAUGUAAAGGAUAUUUUAGACUCUUUAGGAUAUAGCAAAUGUGUUCUUAUUGGCCACGACUGGGGGGGAAUGAUUGCUUGGCUAAUUGCCAUCUGUUUUCCCGAAAUGGUGAUGAAGCUUAUUGUUAUUAACUUCCCUCAUCCAAAUGUAUUUACAGAAUAUAUUUUACGACACCCUGCCCAGCUGUUCAAAUCCAGCCAUUAUUACUUCUUCCAAAUACCAUGGUUCCCAGAAUUUAUGUUCUCAAUAAAUGAUUUCAAGGCUUUGAAACAUCUGUUUACCAGUCACAGCACUGGUAUUGGAAGAAAAGGAUGUCGAUUAACAACAGAAGAUCUUGAGGCUUAUAUUUAUGUCUUCUCCCAGCCUGGAGCAUUAAAUGGUCCAAUUAACCAUUACCGAAAUAUCUUCAGCUGCCUGCCUCUCAAACAUCACAUGGUGACCACUCCAACACUCCUACUGUGGGGAGAAAAAGAUGCAUUUAUGGAGGCUGAGAUGGCUGAAGUCACAAAGAUUUAUGUUAAAAAUUAUUUCAGGCUAACUAUACUGUCAGAUGUCAGUCACUGGCUUCAGCAAGAACAACCUGACAUAGUGAACAAAUUGAUAUGGACAUUUCUGAAGGAAGAAACAAGAAGAAAAGAUUGACUUUUCUAUAUCUUCUAUGAGGGAUCUGUAAUGAAAUCUCUAAAUAAUUUUUAAUAAUUGUUCAUCAACCUCUUUAAGCUUAUUAGGAAAAAAUUGUUUUAAUAUGCUUUAUCAUAAGUAUCCUGACAAAUCAUAUUGAAAAAAAUCUGAGAAUGUGUGAACUUGUAACAUGAUAUCAAUUUUCUUCUGUUGAAUUUUGCACAGAAAAGCAGCUGCCUUAAAAUGUGUGCAAUAGUACAAAAAGGAAGUUGGGGGAAAUGGCUCAGUUUUGGUUUCUUGCAUUCUUUGCCCUGUUAACAUCUGGUGCCUUUUACAAAUGUAAAUUAAAGAUUAGCUAUGCCAUAUUAAAAAAAAAAGGUAAACCUGCAAUGGUAUAUAAAU